GUAAAUUAUCACUUCGACGGUGAUGACGAGAAGCGUCCCGUCCUGGCUGCUAGUGCUGCUGGUGUCGUUGUUAUCUUUGAGCAUUAACGCAUAUCCGCAACUGGAUUUUGUCGAGAACAAAGAUGGCCAUCAGCAAAAACAGGAAGACUUGCAGUGGCCCUCGGUCAACCGGCAAGCUGAAGAGACCACUCGCACACUCCGACAAAAGCUGCUUCUGCAAAAGAUAUUUAAUAAUCAGAAUCUGAGCAAGAAGUCAGACCUUCGCAAAGUGCCGCAAUUCAUGAUAGAACUUUACGAUAUCGUCACCGAGAAGACGCAAGACCAGAAUACAGUGCCUUAUAAUGCUGAGAUCGUGCGCAGUUUCAUCGAAAAGGACAUGACCAAUUCUUUACCGAACUUAUACUUCUUCAACGUCUCGGGUCUCGAGAAAAAUGAAUCGGUUCUUGGAGCCGAGCUGCAUCUAUACCCGAAGAAAAUACCAAUAAAGCAUUUACUUCCAUAUUCUUGUUAUCUGAUAAAAGUAUAUCAAGUCCUGGAGGAUUGCAAUCUAGAUACGCCGGAUGUUCACAGAUUAUUAAAUUUGUCUUACAUGCAGUCUUUCGAUUGGCAGAUGUUCAACGUGAAGGAGGCCGUUCUCAAAUGGAUGAGCGGCGAGCCAAAUCUGGGUCUCCUGGUGACGGUAUCGACUCAAUGUAAGAAAGAAGUGUCGAUCGAGUUUGUUCGUCAAAACGAUCACAACAAGCAGCCGACACUGGUGCUCUUCAAUGGCAUUAAGAGGGAGCGAUCUGUCAAACCUCCGUAUUAUGCUUUCACAAAAGAGGAUGAAGAGGAUGAAGAAGAGGAUGAAGAAGAGGAUGAAGAAGAGGAUGAAGAAGAGGAGGAAGAAGAGAAUCUCUCCUACGAGAAAAAUGUCAUCGAGGACGAGCACUACAACCGUGGUCAACCCGAGGAAGUUCCAUGGGGAGAUAGACGAGAACCGAAAUUCUUCCAGCGACAAAAGAGAAGACGUGAAAAUAAUGAGGAAAAAAGAGAAAAGAAUAAACCUGCUUCUUACGAUUCUCAAGAUCGCGAAUCGGAAAUGACCCUGGAAGCGGCAACGACGGGGCGUCGCCGUCGCGAUGCCCCGUCGUCUAGGAGACGCUCCGACAGAAUCGUGUCGAAGAAUCGCACGAGCAGAGUCCGGAGGAUCUUGACAUCGAUGGAUAUCUAUGAGAGAGCCAAGUUUCGCGAACGUCUGGAUCAGACAAAAACAAUGCCUAAGCAAUCAACGGAAACCAGAAGACUUCGCCGCUCGAACAAUCAAAACACGAUACAAGCGAACACGACCGAGGCAUGCACGAGACACGAGCUCAACGUCGACUUCGCGGAUAUCGGAUUGUCGUCGUUAAUCAUCGCGCCAUCCAAUUAUGCCGCUUAUCAGUGCAAGGGCAAGUGCGAGUCGCCUCUCACUCAGGAUCACCAGCCGACGAACCAUGCGACGAUACAGGCGAUCGUGCACAAGAUGGGCUUGGUGCAGGGCGUCGAGAAACCCUGUUGCGUACCGACCAAGUUGCAAGGAAUCAGCAUACUCUACUUGGAAAACGAACACGUCGUGCUCAAGACGUACGAGGACAUGGUUGCGGCACGUUGCGGAUGUCGUUAGGCAAAACAAGCUGACAAUGAGACUUCUUCAAGAAUCUCAAAUCGCGAGACACUUCUGCAAAAAGAGAUAUAGAGUGAAUACUGCGAAGGGGAAAGGGGGAGAGAAAAUUAGAGGGGACCAGACAUCGACAUAAAGAAAUUUCUACAAAUGUAAAUCUCUAACAAAAUUAUAAAUUGUAAUGUAUCAUAUGGAAAUUAUUUUAUAUAU